AUGUCGGGCCACUGCACGAUGAAGAUGCUGGUGUGUUUCUCCGGCACAGUGGGAGUUGUUGUCAAGGGUGUCAGGGAGCCUGUUGGAUUCAUCACGGAUCAUGAGAUGAAGUUGCUCGAUGGGGCCGUUGCUGAGUACAGUUCGGUAUUUGACGUCGUUGUCAAGGGUGUCACAGAGCCGGUUGAAUUCAUCACGGAUCUUGAGAUGAAGUUGCUCGAUUGUAAUACUUUGAGACAUGAUCACUGGGGAACUGGGACGCGAUUGCUGGGGAACUGGGACGCGAUUGCUGGGGAACUGGGACGCGAUUACUGGGGAACUGGGACGCGAUUGCUGGGGAACUGGGACGCGAUUGCUGGGGAACUGGGACGCGAUUGCUGGGGAACUGGGACGCGAUUGCUGGGGAACUGGGACGCGAUUGUUGGUUAUAGCGCUCUGCACAGCCCGCCUUCGUCUGCAGUCGACGGAGGUAGUGGAAGAAAUGCCAUCACUGAAAAAGUUCAGAAGACGUGCGUUGCGAAAUUCAAUGAAGACGGCACGGUGAAACUGCCUGAGUUGUACAUAGACGUGGUGCCAGACGUCGCAGCGUCCAACGUCUACUUGAUGGAGACGUCGUCUGCAGCAGCCCUGCCCCCCAGGGGGCUCUGUUCGGUGGAGAGUUACUGCAAACUGAAUCCCCACGCAUCUGUUUGGUUCUUUGUGACGUCUAACUCCUUUGAACCCUCGACGUUGGCUGCCUUGAAGGCACUUCAGGCCGCCUACCAGAACUUGUGCGUGGUUCACCUCAACUUCACCAGGCAUUUCGAGGACACUCCGUUACUAGAACUUUACCUCUCCAAAAAGUUCAAUGAAACAGCUUACAAAAUCAACAACCUGAGCAACUUAAGCCGCCUGGUGAUGGUGUACAAGUUCGGGGGCUUGUACUCAGACAUGGACAUCAUCGCCCUGCGCCCCCUGGUGGGCGUCACCGACUUCAUCUCCCUCGAGAGAAGCAUCAACCAACUUACCAACAGCAUGCUUCGCAUGCGGCGCCAGCACCCCAUGUUCCUCAGCGUCAUGCGGCACUUAGCGGCCAACUAUAAC